AUGGCUCCUUCUGCAACAGAAAUCCCAAGAGCUGCUAUGGAGAAACCUUCAAAGGCCAAUAUUGGAGUGUUCACGAACCCGGAGCACGACCUGUGGGUGGCGGAGGCGUCGCCGUCUGUUGAGAACAUUGAGAAGGGCGACAGUCUGAAGCCCGGAGAGGUGACAGUUGGGAUCAAGAGUACCGGGAUCUGCGGUUCCGAUGUUCACUUCUGGCAUGCAGGCUGCAUUGGCCCUAUGAUUGUGAGGGACACACAUAUCCUCGGUCACGAAUCUGCAGGUGUUAUUCUGGCCGUCCACCCUUCUGUCGAGACUCUCAAAGUGGGGGAUCGAGUCGCCAUUGAACCCAACAUCAUCUGCAACGAAUGCGAGCCAUGCCUCACGGGACGAUACAACGGUUGCGAGAAAGUCGAGUUCCUCUCCACCCCGCCUUAUCCCGGUCUCCUUCGCAGAUAUGUCAACCACCCUGCUAUCUGGUGCCAUAAGAUUGGCGACAUGUCUUUCGAAGAUGGAGCAUGUUUGGAGCCAUUGAGCGUUUCCUUGGCAGCUAUGCAACGAGCUGGUGUCAGGCUUGGAGAUCCAGUCCUCAUUUGCGGCGCUGGCCCAAUUGGUCUCAUCACUCUCUUGUGCUGCCAGGCUGCUGGAGCCUGUCCACUUGUCAUCACCGAUAUCGACGAAGGAAGGUUGGAAUUUGCCAAGAAUCUAUGCCCAUCCGUCACCACUUUCAAAGUCGAGCGAGUAUCAGCAGAGGAGUCCGCAAAGUCGAUCGUAGCUGCAUUCGGAGGCAUCGAGCCUGCCAUCGCAAUCGAGUGUACUGGGGUCGAGAGCAGUGUAGCUGCUGCAAUCUGGGCCGUGAAGUUCGGAGGGAAGGUAUUCGUCAUUGGAGUCGGGAAGAACGAGAUGACCAUGCCAUUCAUGAGACUAAGUGUUCGCGAAAUCGACCUACAAUUUCAGUAUAGAUACUGCAAUACCUGGCCACGAGCUAUCCGACUUGUGCAGAGCGGAAUCAUCGAUAUGAAGAAGCUGGUGACCCAUCGGUUCCAGCUCGAGGAUGCAGUGAAGGCAUUCGAGACAGCUGCCAAUCCAGAGACUGGGGCGAUCAAGAGAAAGCCCAAAAUCCCAACCAAUCAAACCUCGCUUACCAUUUCCUUGAGUCUCUCGGGCGCAUAUUCCUCCUCAAUCAUGUCCUUCGCCGCGUCGCGCGUCCUACGGCGCACCACCCAGCUCCCAAUCGGACGAACCACUGCAAGAUUCGAAUCGACAGCUUCGAAAGCCACAGAGGCCGCAAGGGAUACCGCCUCGAAAGCUUCCGAAAAAGCAACCGAGUACAAGAGUAAAGCUUCGGAGGGCCUGUCGAGGGUCACUUCCGCGGCUGGUCCGGCUAUCAGUGGUGCGGCCAAAGGUGUUGGGAAUGCUCUCGGGAAGAUUGGAGGACGGACUGGACGGUUGAUUGCGUUUAUUGAGCGACAAAUCCCGCCGACUAUCUACUAUGCGCGGGUUGGACUGGAGCUUUCCAGGCUUGUCUUCAAGGGGCAGAGCAUGACUCCUCCACCCGUCUCAACGUUCCAGGCAUAUUUCCAACGCGCCGUCAAGAGCGUACGAAACCCAGCCGCCCUCUUCCCUUCCUCAGCCAAUGCCACCCCGUCCGGCGUCCUCAACCAGAUCCGAAAUCUCAAUACAAGUCAAAUUGUCGCCGGAGCUGUGGUUGGUGCUGAGAUGUUAGGUUUCUUUACCGUUGGAGAGAUGAUUGGCAGAUUUAAGCUUAUUGGUUACCGAGGCGAUACUGGUGCUCACCACUGA